AUGGCAGGCAUCCUGCCCAUUUUGCUUACAGUCGUGUCUGACUCUGCGCUUACUCUGAAGGGACGCACAGCUACUGGGAAGGGCCCCAGAGGCACCCGGUGGAGGGACUUCAAUCACAUCAAUGUAGCAUUCAGUCUCCUUGGAGAGAAAAAGAAGAGGCUCCAAGUUGACAAAUGGUGGGGAAAUAAAAAGGAACUGGUUACAGUUUGCACGAUCUGUAGUCGUGUACAGAACAUGAUCAAAAGUGUCACGCUGGGCUUCUGCUACAAGAUGAGGUCUGUGUGUGCUCACUUCCCCAUCGAUGUUGCUAUUCAGGAGAAUGGUUCUCUUGCUGAAAUUGAAAAUUUUGGGAGUGAAAAAUACAUCCACAGGGUUCAGAUGAGGCCAGACAUUGCUUAUUUAGUACCUCAAGCCCAGGAAGAUGAGUUGAGUCUUGAAGGAAACCACAUGGAACUUGUGUCAGAUUCAGCAAGCCACAAGAAUAUCAGAAAAGUUUUGGAUGGUAUCUACGUUUCUGAAAAAGGAACAGUUCAGCAGGCUGACGAAUAA